UAAGCAGUAAGCACUGGCUCCUUGAUAGAUCAAAAUUUUUGCACGAACAAAAGUAAAAUUCCAUAAAAUAAUUAACGUUAUCCCAAAAUCACGCCGCGGACACUCUAACGUGGCAAGUUUCUGUCGGGAAACAGAAGAGACAAUCAUUUCUAUCUUCUGAGAGCCCCCUGGUUACUUAUUAUCAAAACCUGUAUCAAAUCCUGGAUCAAUCAAUAGCCGCCACGUAAGAAGGCGCAGAUAUAUUCUCUACUAUACGUUCGUAGCAGAUAUUCCGUGCACACCAAGGAAAAAUCGCACAAGCUAAGCCACGCACCAAAACAUCGUACGGAUCGCACCACCGGCUCUCAAGUAUUUUUGUUUGGCUGGUUCACUCGCUCCUCCCAACAACUCUUUUUUUUUUUUUUUUUUUUCUCUCUCUAAGAAGAAAAUCUCACUCACUUUCUCUCUCUAUACACACGUACCGCCAUUACAAAGCCACUCACUACUUCCAAAACGAAACUUGAACCCUCUCUCUCUCUCUCUCAAUCUUUCUCCUGUCUCCGCCCUUUUGUCUCCUUUCUGAGUCUCCAAAUUUCCAAAACAAACAAAAACAAAAAGCAAAAACAAAAAUGCCUUCAGAUUCUGGGGAUCACCAUAGACGCCCGGCGGCCAGUGAUCAUCAGCAACAGCAACAGGAGCAGCAGAUGGGCAUGGGCCACCCUCCGCCGCUGCCGUGCCCGCGCUGCGACUCGACGAACACCAAGUUCUGCUACUACAACAACUACAACCUCGCCCAGCCCCGCCACUUCUGCAAGUCCUGCCGCCGCUACUGGACCCACGGCGGCACUCUCCGUGACGUCCCCGUCGGCGGCGGCUCCCGCAAGAACUCCAAGCGCUCCCGCUCCUCCUCCUCUGCCUCCGCCGCCUCCUCUUCCUCCUCUUCCUCCUCCGACCCUCUCCCCACCACCUACGCACCCAAUAUCUUUCCCGAUUUGCCCCUCACAAAGCCCGAAUCCGCUCCCGAUAAUCUGAAUCCGAACCCGAAUCCAAACCCGGACCUCAACGAGAACGUCACCUCCUCCGGUCACGGCUUCACUUCGCUGCUGAAUUCCCAAGCGACGGGGAUCCUGGCGCUCGGCGGAUACGGGUACGGGCUCGGACUCGGGCACAAUGGGUUUGAGGAAAUGGGAUUCGGGUACGGGAAGGGGGUUUGGCCGUUUCCUGAAGUCGGUGAGUUUGGGGGAAAUGGUGGUUCGGGAGGCAACACGUGGCAGAUGAAUGGAGGUCCGGAGGGAAAUUUGGUUGAUGGGGAUUGCUUUGCUAAUUGGCCAGACCUCUCCAUUUCCAUGACCGGAAAGGGCUUGAAGUGAUUAUCAUUGUAUUACACGUUAUGUGUCGUUUUGAGGAAAAUCUUUUUCCUUUUUUUUUUCCUUUUGGGCGGUGGGUGGUGAUGGUUUCUCUGCUUUGCAGUAUUUCCAUGUCGGUCGAGUAUAUUACAGUACUACUGCGUUUUUUUUUUUUUUUUCCUUCUCAGUUGUCCUUUUGCUUUUUUAGGGCUUGGUCAGUUUGUGGUUGGUAUAGAGUAUAGGAUAAAGGGGAAAAAAAAAAAAGGGGUAGUUGCUUAUUCUGAGUCUUUUUCUUAGAGUUUUGUUUUUACUGGCUUUUUUCUGUAAAUCUUUUUGGUCCGUUUGUCUUGGACGGAAACAGGUGCGAGAGAUUGGACAAAAGAAAACAACUGCUUUUGGGUA